AUGCAGGAAUCUCUUGGCACUGUUGGUGUGGAUGGAGGUUAUGCCAGUAAUGUGCCUGCCUUCCUCACCAAACUGUGGACCCUGGUAGAGGACCCGGACACCAACCACCUCAUCUGCUGGAGUGCUGUGAGUACCUGAAGGACUGACACUUCUGGUUGUUUAAGUUGGUUAAAGAGAGUUAGAGGUCUUUAGGUCUUUCAUACAGUGGAAUAUAUUUAAUGUGUUUGAUAGAAAUUACAAGAUAGAGAAGAUAAGUAAUGGUUUAGUGAAGAUUCUACUUGUCUAUUACUCAAAGAUAGUUCUAUGUUUGAACAUUAAAUUAAUUGGUGACCAUAUAUACCCGAGUUAACAAAGAAAGUAAUAUGUUUAAACCAUUGGUUAACAAAAAAAAAAAAAACGUGCCUGCCUUGCAUUCAUCAGUGAAAUUAGAGAAUGCCUUUGUGUGUUGUUCCCUUUAUAAAAGUAUGGAAAAUGUAAUAAAACAUUCUGACUAGUAUGUCAGCAUUGUCUAUGAAGGAGUGGUGAGACCACACACUAAGCACCCCUCGACAUCUCUAUCUUUGUACCUGUUAGUGUUACUGUUAUGCCGAAGACUCCACAAUCUGGUUUACAGAGUCCCCAAAAUGUAAGUGAGUAGCCAUCUUUGAGAGAAUUAAGUAUGAUUUCAUCAUGUUCAUUAGCUGAUUUUGCGGACUGGACUCAUAUUGGGACAGAAAUAUGAACGAUUACAAAAAUAAUCUAAAUAAUUUGGCCAACCUGUUUAACACUAAAAUAAUGUGCUACUGCAGGGCUCUUCAACCUUUUUUUGCACAGUGACCCCCGCCAAGGCAAACCGGCAACCCAAAUUGGUUGGUUGAAGAAUUGUUUCCGACCAAAAAGCACAGAAUGAAACAAAGUUGUAUUUCCAACAUCACAACUAGGAAAUAGGAAUUUCCGAUGAGCACGUGAACGCAGGAUUAGCUACACCGCUACAUGGCAAAAAACAUUAUGAACUAUUUAAAACACUACCAAGAUUUGAAUUUAUUUCAACUACCACCAAGUAGUUUAAUUACUAGUUGAACUACAUGUAGUUCACGAGGCUACUCCCCAACACUGAGCUAGAAAGGUAACACCUUUUCGCUGAUAGCAGCUGUUUAGCUGGUUAAACAAAGAUUAGCCAUAGGUUGGCUAAAAAAUUAAUAUCCAAGUCAAUAAAUAAAGUUGUUAUCAUUAGAAAGUUAGAAAGAAGAUAUUCUCCUCUUUUCUACUGUAGGCUUGUAAUUGAAAAUGUAUUUAUUCUGUCGUUGCUAGCAAUAUUCAUGAAGACAUUGGGGGGAAUUUUCUACAAAUAUUUUCGCUGACCCCAGGUUGAUUACUGGACAAUGACGUAGUGACAACAGUCCAUAAGCUUGUCAAUGAUUUAAUGUGAAAGAGGUUGUCAUUGAUUUACUGUCAAAGAGGUUGGGUACAGCUUGCUGAUACAUUUGAUUUUCCCUCAACUUUCAUUUCAGCUUUUAGGAUACUUAGAAUUCUAAGAAAUGAACAAUGGAAGUGGCUAAGCUUCCCCUUUCCGCUCGAAUUCAGCUAGUCUUUUCAAAAAGAAAACUAGGAUAUGCAAAGUAAAGAUUUUGUAUGGACUUCUUGUUAUAAAGCAAAUAAUACACCUCCUACUUGAUCAACCUUCACUUGAUUUAUAGGGUUGAGCCUUAUAUGGUUUUGACACUAACGGCUGGUUUUCCAGACACCCUAGUCCUGGACUACAAAGCAUUCAUCUAUGUCUGGGAAACUGGCCCUGAAUGUUGAAUUGAGGUAGUCAAUGUCCAAUCAGUGGUUAAUAGAACUUGAACACAAACCCCUAUUUUGGUCUGUCCCUCAGACUGGAACCAGCUUCCAUGUUUUUGACCAGGGCAGGUUUGCCAAGGAGGUGCUGCCAAAGUACUUCAAACAUAACAACAUGGCCAGCUUUGUCCGUCAGCUCAACAUGUGUGAGUACCUCUCCUCAUCACUAGAGAAUAGAGAAAGCCCUCUCGGAUAUUUAGCAGUAUUUAGAAGACAAUUGUGUAGGAAUGACUUGUGUAUUGUUUAUGUGUAGGUAGGAUAUGCAUUCCUUUGUGUUUUUGAGUGUUUGUGCCUCUGGAGGUGUGUGUGUUGCUGUGUGCCGCUAACUGUGGAAUGGUGUGCAGAUGGCUUCAGGAAGGUGGUGAACAUAGAGCAGAGUGGCCUGGUGAAGCCAGAGAGAGACGACACAGAGUUCCAGCACCUCUACUUCCUGCAAGGCCACGAACACCUGCUGGAGCACAUCAAGAGGAAGGUGAGGCAGAAACCUAGGAAAUAAAACACACACACAGACACACACACCAACAAAGUACACAUGGUAAGACCUCUGUGUGUGUUUGUCUGUGUGUUUAGGUCUCAAUCGUGAAGAGUGAAGAGACUAAAGUACGACAGGAGGACUUGAGUAAGCUGCUGUAUGAGGUGCAGGUGCUGCGCAGUCAACAAGAGAACAUGGAGUGUCAGAUGCAAGACAUGAAACAGUAAGUAGGAAGAACAAUGUGUGCUAAUACACCGCAUCAAUCAUAACUACAUCGACAAUGUAUGACACAUGCUAAAUCAAUACAGUUACUAUAAUCAGUACUGUAGUGGUUUAAUGCUGUGAAAUGUAGUUUGAGGCACUGAACUGGGAGAAAACGUAUUACUAAUCAUACUAAGCCAUAUGCAACAGAGUCAAAGCAACUCAUAGUCCAUCCUCAGUAGUCCAUGCAUUGUCCCUGGCCUCAUUGUAUGUUCCAAUGGUUUGGUCUAUUGUCUACAUUGGUUGAAGAGAACAUUCAGCUGCUCACCUGACCGUUGCACCCUAUAAUAGUGUCAGAUGUGCUGGUCAGGUGCAUGCGUCAGGUACUCUAGCAGUACAGGUGAUCUUGUCACAUGUCUCUGUCUGAUCUGGAAUAGGUGGAUGACAUCUGGCUGAGCCCUCAGAUAGGACACAUCAGGGUGAACGGGCUGAAAUCAGAGCAUCGCCCAGUCACACCAUUUAAUCACACAUAGAUCACACACAUUUGGGACAUGCGGGGUGGUGAGUGAGGGGGUUGAUAGUAAAGUGGUGAAUGUCACAGUGGUCUGUCUUACUCCUCCAGACAGAAUGAGGUGCUGUGGAGAGAGGUGGUCUCACUGAGACAGAACCACACCCAGCAGCAGAAAGUCAUGAACAAGGUGAGAACCUCUGACCAAACAUGACAAUACAGUGUGUGUGCGCGUGUGUGAGAGCCUGUGUGUGUGUUUGAAUUAGAGAGAGAGAGGAAGAGAGAGAGUCAAAGUGUGUUACUUUGGUGCUUGUCUCAGAAACCCAGUCCGCGGAACAUUGGUACAUUGUGGGAGGCAACCCGUCUGUCUAGAGAGACUACUUUGGUGCUGAAUCAUUCUCUGUGUUUUGCUCCAUUAUAGCUGAUUCAGUUCCUCUUCAGCCAGAUGCAAUCAAAUACACCCAGCACUGUAGGAAUGAAGAGAAAGCUGUGAGUAUACUUCCAUGCUUUGUAGUGCGUGCCCGCACACACGUACACGCACACACACACACACAGGCUAAGAUUAACAAUACAUGCACUCAAAAACACACACACAAACACACCUGUAUGUACAUACACUCAUUAACACACUAUACUAACAAAUCGACAAUAGUAACACAAACACAGCAGUGGGAACGGCCAACUCAGCUGGAUGUGGUCAGCUGACGCGCUGCACAAUCACAGUUGGGAUGAAUGGAGCUAAAUGCUGAAUCAGACCUACUGAGCUCUGAGCUCCCCACCAUCCUCUCACACCCACACCACCCCACUUAACCAGGGCGCAUGACCCUCUAUGAGAAAUGCACUGUCAGCUUGUGUGACCCGUGUGAACAAAUCGGUCAAAGGACAAGGCACAGUCACAUACCACACUCAUAUUUUCCCUCAUUACAGCUGUCAUGUCCAUAACACCUAAAGAUUUACAGUCAAUACUGACUCUAUGUUAACUGGACAUUUUUCAUAUCUGUUUAUACACUUUCCAAUAACAUUCAUAACACUGUGGCAUAGCUGUGUUCUACAAUACAAUUAAUGCUGUCAUUGUGCCCUGCUGUUUGUGCUUAGUAUUGGUUGCAGUAAAUUCAAUUGAUAGAGAUAUGGCAUUAUGUGUACACAGCCUUGGCAAAAUAGAAACAGCAGUGGUUGGUAUAAGAUGAAUGAAAGAAAAUAUCACAAAAGUCAAUUACAUAGUGUAAUUACUAACAUACCGUAUUGACUUUUUUCAGUGGUCGAAAAGCAAGUGGGUUAUUCAGUGUUUUAAGGCCUACGUGUUCUAUACAAGCUAAUCUUGUUUCUCAAAACUACCACUGCUUGCUUCACUCUCCCUUGCAAUAGAGGUUACGGUUACUUUCCCUUAUCAUUGGCUCUCAUCCAGUAAGGAUGAGCAGACACAGCUCUCUAUGGCUCUCAGUCAGUUCCAAGGCAUGUCAUUGCACAAGAGAAGAGAGUAUUUCCAUUGAUUCACUUUUCAUUUCUCUAUAUUCCCCCUCAUGGUGAUGCCUGGCCCUCCCAGUCCCCUCAUGUUGGAUGAUGGCUCCACCACGCCCCCAGCCUCCAAGUUCAGCCGUAGCCACCAGAUGGAGCCCCUGCAUGAGCCCUUCUAUAUCCAGUCGGUGAGAACCAACUCUAACUUUCACCAUUACACUACUUUUUGCUAGUUGUACUGAAUUGAUAGUUUCCAUUUAGCAUUGGGACAUUAUGAUUAUCCUUUAUAUUUUGAACUGCAUAGUGACUGUCAGGCUGUGAGCUUCACAAACCUUUAAUCAAACUCUAUUACUGCUCCUUCUCCACAGCCAUCCACAGAAACUGCCUCUUGCUCCAAUAGUGCAAUGACAGGAGGACCAAUCAUAUCAGACAUUACAGAAAUGUCACAACCCAGCAACAUCACUAUUCAAAUGCAAACAGAGGAGACAAGGUGAGGAUCAAAGAUCAAAAGCAAAGUCACCUUUUAUCCUGUAGUGGCUUCCAAAGCAACAAAAUCCAGUAUCUAGCCUUAUUCAGUAGGACUGGUAUAAACAAAUAAGUCUGCUGUGUUUCUGUCCCCACACAGGGAUAAGUGUAUGAUGCUGAUCAAAGAGGAGCCAGUGAGCCCAGGGGUUCGAGGCCGGGGGGAGGGUGUUCCACUGGGCUCCUGUGAGGUGUGUUCUGAACCCCCUGUCCUCCAUGUUGCCAUGGUACAGUCUGUACUGGAGGGCAGAGGGUCUGGAGCAGAGAGGAGGAGCAAGAGACCUGCUCUGGAACGGUACACACACACACACACAUCACACACACACACACAGAUAAACAGUUCUACAUUGUUUUAUAUUAUUACAUAUUAAUUUAUUGUUUUCCAGUGAAGCCCAAGUAGUGUGAUAUGAUGAUGUGUGUUGUAGACCAGAAGUACCUGAUGCUGUAGAGAAUGUGGACAUGAGUCUGGAGGACUUGCAGCUUCUCCUAAGGACCCACCAGCAAAGUGUGGAGCCCACCGCUGCUGUCAUGGAUGUGAGUAGGACCCUCCAAAGCUUGGCAGACACAGAGUGUGUUUAAAGCCUGUCUCCCGGAAGCAUGAGGAACAAAGUUACUGCAGAAACAGACAUAAUAGCUCCCAUGUGAAGAUCUCUAGUUUCUCCUCACUAGAUAGGAGUGAGUCAGACAGUGAUCACAGCAGCUCAUACUGAUAUGACGCUGUUCUGUCUUUACAGCCAUUCAAUUUCAACCUGCCCUUGAGUGAGUGGAACUUUAAUGAUAUGGAGUCCAACCUGAAAUCAGUGAGUAGAAUAUGUUUAUGGUGUAUGAAUUAGCUCUGCACAGAUAUCAUAUCUUGAAGUCUAGUUAUAUAUUCAGUGCAAUCAACCAGUCAGUAAAGUCAGCACAAGUUAUGAGUUACUGUGAUUUUCCACUAGUUGCCACAGCCACAAAGUCAAAAUUGUAUAUAUCGUACAAAUCUGUCUUAAUUUAAGGUUAGGCAUAAGGUUAGCGGUUUGGUUUAGGUUAGGGUUAAGAUUAGGUUUGAAAUCGGAUUUUAAGAAGAUAAAUUGUAGAAAUAGGCUGGGUUUGACUUUGCUUGUGGUAACUAGUGACCACCAUUACUGUGUCAGCCAUAAAUUACAGUGGCUUUAGUCAGACAAGGGCAGGUAAUGGGAAAACAAUUUGUCAACAUCUGACCUUAUCACUUCUUGGGAGGAUGAAUCAGUGCGUGCUGUGCAGGUAGCCUCUCUGUAGUUGGUUAAUAGUACUGGUCAGUGUUAUCUUAAGUAGUAUCUAAUCCCCCCAUUCUGUGUUGCUGUGUUCCAGUACAUGUUUCAGAGCCAGGAGGCAGAGGCUUACCCCAAUGCUGGUUGUGAGGAACAGUAA